AUGGAUAGUGCGGAAGAUCGACCCUCCUUGGUUGCGGAGGAGAAGGACAAGCAGCCUGUUCCCUUUAGUGACGCUCCGUCUCCAGUGCGCGCCGUGCUCAACCGUCCGUGGCCAUCCGCCGUCGUCAUCCGGCCGGAGGAUAAUCCGUCCGGAAAGUACCGCACUCUGGUGGGUACCGCCAAGGACAUUGGGGACCUGAUCUCGCCGGAGGAGAUAGCCGCGCUGGAGGACAAGGAGGGCGACGACGCAGGCACACGGUUCUAUAAGGCAGCUGCUCGGGCCAACGUCGUUAUGAGGAAUUACAUCCAUGAACAUGGCAGCCUUUACAUGGAUGAGAACGGCAAGUACAUGAUGGACAACUCCGACCAAGUUGAGGAAAUACGUUGCAAGCAUGUUACAGCAGAAGAAAUGGAAGCAAAGAUAAUGAAGCAAGAGAUGACUAAGGAGCAAACUUAUUUAUCAGAACUGGCUUUAGUGAGUUUCAACAAGAGGAGAAAGGUGAAGUUUGAGUUGUGUGAGACAUUGCUUUCUAGACUCUUUUACGAGAGCAGACGUAUUUUUACGCACGUAAAUUUCGUCGCCAUGCGCAAGGAUAAGAAAAAACUCUUUUUCGCCGAGAUAGAGGACCGCGGACAGGGUCGUGAAGAGAAUAUUGUUCCACAUGAAUGA